AUGGCAACCCUAGGUCAGCCAAGCAAGCCGGUUACGCUCCCAGGAUCUCUUCCUUUGUCUGAACCUUGCCGGGAAGAGCCCCCCCACAAAGACACCACUGCCCCUGACACCCAGACAACCCAAGCCUCCAAGCAUAGCAUUUCCGACAACCCAUGGGACAUCAUCGUCCGAUAUCCUCCUCAUCCCCCGGACUCUGAGGAGCUCAAAUGGUGGGAGAACAUCGCCCCUCUCAUGGGCCGCCUCCUCCAAGUAGCUCACUACCCUCUGUCGGAGCAGUAUCAACACCUGCUCUUUCUCCGCAACCAGCUCGUUCCACUUCUAGGCCCCUACCCACACCAAUAUCACAGCCUAUUGACGGUCACAGGCCACCCGUUUGAGGCCAGCCUCAACCUCCAGGGGGCCGGCGCCGCAGCCACCGUGCGUCUCACGAUGGAGCCCCUCGGGCGGAUGACAGGCCCAAACCGUGACCGCUUUCGACAGGUAGGCGUCGCGCAGAUCUGCGCGCAGAUAGCGGGGCUCGGGCUGCAGGGCUUUGAUCUGGAACUGCACCGGCACAUCACGGCUCAUCUGACCCUUUCCGGCGAGGAGGAAAGACGGCUCACCCGCGAUGAUCAUGCAUUCGACGCGGUCUCGGUGCAAGCCACCCACUGCAUGGGCUUUGAUUUCCUGCCGGCGGGGGCGAGCGCCGUCAAAGGCUACUUCUUUCUGGGGGUGCGGUGGAAGCUCGCCCCAGCCGCGCUGGGGGCGACGCUUCUGCAGUGUCUGGAGCAGAUACCCGCCCGAUGCCACGUGGAGAGUUUGGAGGCCAUGCGGCCGGCGGUCGAGUACAUGGAGGCGGGUCAGCAUUUCAACGACUACACCUUUUUGGGGUGGGAUUAUACCGAUCCUGCGGCGGCGCGAGUGAAGCUUUAUGGCGUCUGUGGGGGCAAUCCCAGUCUGGAGACGGCGGAGGAGAUCUGGACGAUCGGCGGCAGACUGCAGGCAGAGCCAUGGUGCCCCAAGGGUCUCGAGCUUCUGCGUCGGCUGUGGAAGUACCUGGAGGAGGAUGAGGAGACGGAGACCUGCUCCUGCGGACGCCCUCUGGCUAGUACUAGAGAUGCGGCAGAUCAGGAGCAGCGCGGAUCCCACCGGCAGAUUUGCUUGGCUAGGAAGCUCCUCGCCCUGGCCUGGAAUUAUGAAGUCCAGCCGGGACGCUCGACGGCCCUCCCCAAGUUAUAUCUCUCGGUACACCGGAAAAAUGAUCUCUUUGUGGCCAGAGCUCUCGCGCGGUUUUUCCGCUCCCUUGGUUGGGAGGAUAGAGCUCGCACUUAUGUUGAGGACCUGCAGUAUGUUUUCGCACACGAGGAUCUAAGCCAGUCCACCCGCGUUCACAAUAUCGUGUCCCUGGCGUAUACAGAGGAGAAAGGAGCCUAUGUGAGCAUGUACUAUCAUUCGUGCUUGGAGUAUGGAUCAGCUCUGGUCGAGUAG